UACAUGAUCUUGAUACUUUUAAAGAAAUUACUUACCAGGAAGCUCACGAUGCUGAGAUACUGACAAUUGAAUUUACCGAUUCACGUGCACCUGGUGCUCCGUAUUUAAUUGCUACUGCAAGUCGUGACAGAAUCUUACAUGUCUUUGAUGUCAACAAUAAUUUUCAAUUGGUUCAAACUUUGGAUGAUCAUUCUUCGUCUAUAACUGCCAUAAAGUUCACAAAUGAUGGUGGAAAGUUGAUCAGUUGUGGUGCAGACAAGAGUAUCAUAUUUAGAAGUCGACAAAAUGUAGGUUAA